GUAAAGAAAUAUUUAAAAGAAUUUAAAUUUUGGCUUGAUUGGGGUACUAGAGAAAAGUUCAGGAAGUCCCAGAAAGCAAUUGCUAUCACUGUUGAUGUCCUUGUUGUUUUUAACACUAACUCAGCCAGGUUGGACUGGACUGAGGUCGACCACUCUCUCGGACGAAGCCAUGUUGCUGUGGUCAUUAUGGAGUGCAAUAGCGCUACUGACCCCGCUGGAGGCUGCAGACGAGGAAGAUGUCCGAGCAGGCUGCAGCACAGCUGUAAAUGACCUGGUCUAUAUUGUCGAUGGCUCAUGGAGUGUUGGCUCCUCUGACUUCGAAACAGCCAAGCAGUGGCUGAUCAACAUCACCAGCCAAUUUGACAUCAGUUCCCAAUACACACAGGUGGCUGUGAUCCAGUACAGCGACACUCCACGUCUGGAGAUCCCUCUGGGUGAACACCAGGGAGGAGCACAGCUCAUCCAGGCCAUACAGGGCAUCACCUACCUGGGGGGAAACACACAGACUGGCAGGGCCAUUAAGUUUGCCGUGGACCAUGUGUUCGCCUCCUCCCAAAGAGCGAAUCAGGUCAAGAACCGCAUCGCCGUGGUGGUUACUGAUGGCAAAUCUCAGGAUGAUGUGGUGGACGCCAGUAUGGAGGCACGAGCGCAGGACAUUAUAGUAUUCGCCGUUGGAGUUGGCAGUGAGAUCACCACCUCGGAGCUGGUGUCCAUCGCAAAUAAACCAUCAUCUACCUAUGUCCUGUAUGCUGAAGACUACACCACCAUUGACCGAAUCAGAGACUCUAUGGAGCAAAAGCUCUGUGAAGAGUCUGUGUGUCCAACACGAAUCCCAGUGGCGUCUCGUGAUGAGAAAGGCUUUGAGCUGAUGCUGGGCAUGAAAGUUCAUACGAAAGCCAAGAAGAUCCCUGGCUCUCUGGUUUCUGAGUCUGCCUUCGCUCUGACUGCCUCCACGGACAUCACUGAGAAUACCAGGGAGAUUUUCCCAGAGGGCCUGCCUCCAUCCUAUGUGUUUGUAGCCACCCUGCGUCUAAAGGGGUCUUCCAGCAAGCUGACCUUUGACCUUUGGCGGGUGCUGUCUAAGGAUAAGAAGAUCCAGGCUGCCGUGACACUGAGUGGGAAGGACAAAACUGUCAUCUUCACCACCACCAGUGUAACAGAAAAGGAGCAGAGAGUCACCUUUAAAGCCAGCUUUCAGACACUGUACGAUGGAAAGUGGCACCAGCUCAAACUCCUGGUCAGACCAAGCCAGGUCACCAGUUUCCUUGAUGAUCAACCAAUCCAGGAAGUAAUGCUGGAAACAGUGGUGCCCAUAUACAUCAAUGGGGAGACACAGCUGGCUAAGAGGCGGGGAACAGACAUCACCGUGCCUGUUGAGAUUCAGAAGCUGCGCCUGUACUGUGAUCCUCAUCAGAGUGAGAGAGAAACAGCCUGUGAGAUCUACUCUGUGGAUGAUGAAAGGUGUCCGCUGAAUCGAACGGCCACAGUGGAAGAAGAAGACUGCAACUGUGUGGUUGGACCACCAGGGCAGCGUGGCCUGCCAGGACGCAUGGGUUUCCGAGGGGAGAAAGGGAGGGAAGGACCACCAGGACCUGAUGGUAAGCCUGGUAAAGACGGGAAACCUGGGGACCCUGGGCCUCUUGGACUAAAAGGGAUGAAGGGUGAAAGUGGCCCAGCAGGAGCGAGAGGGGAGCCCGGUCUGAAAGGUGUCAUGGGAGACAGAGGCGAACCAGGCUUACCAGGAAACCCAGGACCCCCAGGACUGAAGGGUCUUCCCGGUGAGAGAGGCGAGCCGGGGACUCCAGGUGAAGCUGGACCAAUGGGGGAGCCAGGACUACCAGGCACCGGUGGAUUGGUUGGACCACAGGGACCAAAGGGAGAGAGGGGGGAGCCAGGACCAACGGGUGCUGCUGGAGCUCAAGGUGCCCAGGGUGUCCAGGGACCUCCUGGGGAAGCAGGCCCAGUGGGACCAAAGGGAGAGAUGGGGUUGCCUGGGCCUCAAGGACCGUCUGGAGUUAACCUAACGGGAAUCCAGGGGCCCCGGGGGCCGCCCGGAGAGAUCGGCCGAGAUGGUCCCAAGGGGAGUCGUGGAGAUCCGGGUGCUGCUGGUCCGUUUGGUCCACCGGGCCUGAAGGGCUCAACGGGGGAGCCGGGUUUUCCGGGGCUGCCGGGUGCCAUGGGGCUGCCGGGGUUCAAAGGUCACAAGGGCGAGAGAGGAGAGACGGGCCCUAAAGGAUACCAGGGGGAGAACGGCAGAGAUGGAGAUCCAGGGACUCCCGGUGUCAACGGCGAAGUGGGACCCAAGGGAUGGAAAGGAGAGAAAGGGGUGACAGGUGACGUGGGCCCCAGGGGGACUGAAGGAAAGAAAGGGGACGUGGGCCACAUGGGUUCUGUUGGUCCCCGGGGAUUUCCUGGCCAGGACGGGUUGCCGGGCCAACCAGGUCAACCAGGAUAUCCUGGGAAACCCGGUAAGCCUCCCUCAGAUGAACAUCUUCUAAAGCUCUGCGCUGAUGUUCUGCGUAAUCAGCUUCCAGCAUUGCUCCAGAGCCUGGCGCCCCCAGCUCAAUGUGAGCCCUGCCAGAGCAUAAAGGGGCCCCCAGGUCAGCCAGGAGCACCAGGACCCAAAGGCUCCAUGGGGACUACAGGCUACCCUGGCAGGAGUGGCAGUCCUGGUUACCCGGGACCCCCUGGGAUGCAGGGUCCUGCAGGCCUCAAAGGUGACAUGGGACCGAGAGGGCUCAAAGGCAGCAAAGGAGAGGGUGAUCGUGGACCUCCAGGACAACCUGGACAGCCAGGGAUUCAGGGUCCCCGUGGUUUCGAUGGAAUGGGCCAUCCAGGAAACCAGGGAAUUCCUGGGAAGCCAGGGCCACCAGGAGAUCCUGGGAAACGGGGCAAUCCCGGCCUUCCAGGGGUUUGUGACAUUUCCAUGUGCUAUCAGACGUACAACCUCAGGGAACAUUACAGCAAAGGACCUAACGUCUGAUGGCAGAGCAGCAUUGGGGAGGCUGCUGGUGACUAAAACACCCAAGUGUUUUUAAAAAGCGAUUUACUGUAUCACAGAGCAGUGUGUGACUGUUGACUCAUUUAUGACAAAGUGUGUUUGGAGAACAGCUGCACAGGAGGCAGAAACAACCUCAUUAGUUGCGUUAAACUGAAAUGGGCUGGGCAUUGAUUCAUGAUAAUGGAAUUCAUGAAGACAUAUCAUGAAAAAUAGUCGGCAGGCUAGCGAGCUAGCUGAUAUACCAGACAAGUAUGGGUUUCUUUUUUUGUUUUUUUUUACAUUAUAAAGGUGCAAUGUGGAAGAAUUUAGGAUUCAAACAGUAACAAUUGAACUCAUAUUAUCAGCAGAAUGUGCAGAAAUAACAUACUUGACGUCAUGUCAAAGUUGCUGAGAUACCUAUUGAGAUUAGCAUGCGAGCCAGCUAGCCACUUUGCUCCUCAAGAGGUGACAGUCUGAUAGUAAACAACACCACCAAGCUCCCAGUCUGGACAGAGUCAGCGAACAUGGCCGCUAGCUGCACGGUUAACUGAGCUUACUAGCUAAUAGCAGUUAGCAGUUACUCAGCAGCAAGUGGUUACUCUAGUAAUAUGCUGCCUGAACAUAACAGGCAGCCACUUCUUACACAUUUCACCUUUAAACUUGCAAAAUUUGUAUAUCAGGGUUAAAAAGUGAGAUCUAAUCCACAGAAAUAGUAGGGCUAGGAUCUGGAAUAACAUUAAAAACAGCUACCUCCUGUUUCACCUGAGUUGCUAUUGUAUGUUAAAGCCAAUAUCCAGUAACAAUAGCCAGUAACAAGACAUGGUGCUUAUAGGCUAACCACACCAGCAGCCAGACCAAAAGUUCAAAAGGCAAACAACACACACACAAAAAAACAAAAGGUAUGAAAUGAAAUUAAAAGAGAUAAAAUCCAAAUCCAUUUAUAAUAAUGCUAAAGAAGACUUUUGGCUUUUCAAUGUGGGCUAACGUAGCAAAAAAGUUACUAGUUUGAAUCAGCGAUCUCCUACUGAUGACCAGGCAAUUCAACUGAAGUCUUCUUGAAUUAUUUUGUGGUUAUUAAUUUAUUCCAGACUAUGGUAAAAACUGCAUAUUAUUAACAGAAGCAGACACAAAUCCACUCUCAGGCUACACUUCCCUUGACUGUACCAAGUGAGGUGUCUAUCAACCAGAGAUUAUUUCUGCCUUCAGUGCAGCUCUGACUCACAGAAAUGAUUGUAUCUAGAAAUUAUGUGAAGAGUACAGUGCAUUCCUUAACAAUGAAUCGGGCGAUGUCACAAUGAAAGAACAGGUCAGCCUGUUUUCACACGAUUAUCUUGUUAAAGGGUUAGCUAACUAGGUUAGCUGUUAGGCUGUCUGGUUGAAGAGAAGAACCUAAAGAAAUUCAAAAGUUCAUAAAUGAGCGUGGGAAGCUCAGUUGAAAUCACUCCGACUACAACAUUAGUUUGCGGCGCACAUUUUACUGUCUGUCUGCGUCUAGUGCUUCCUACAUGUAAUCCCCUCUGGUGGAAGAACACAUUUCCAUCACCUUUUGUGGACGCAGAAGCGGGCUUUGUGCUAAUCCAUCACUGUGACACACUUGGUUGUAAGAAUCCUGUCACUGUUUUGUUCUUUUUUUACCUAUCAGACUUGUUUUCUUGUUUGCCAGUAUUAUAUGGAUUAUCAAAUACUGACCUUUAUUUACCUCAGCUGCAGAUAAACGCAGGCCUAUAUCACUGACAGACCUUUAGUUCUAAUUUCUGUCUUUUUUGAGUGUAUCUUACUUUUGUUUUUUAAGUUAGAAGUUUCCCUUUUCUCACCAUGCCCCCACUUAAAUUUGCUGUUUGUUGUUGCAAACUCAAUAUGUCUGCCUGUCUUGGGUAAAGACAGUAUAAUUUAAUUUCCACAGCACUAAUCGCUACUUUAUAUAAAAAAUUAUGGUAUACAUGCACCAUGCCUGUACUGAUGUCUAUCACUGAAAGCCUCAGAGGGAAUUCUCUAUCAAAUCCCUGUUUGUGGUGCCCCCAAGGGUGGCCGCGACCCCCUGAUACAAUUGUUGGCCACUAGCCCACCCACAUGUGAGUGCCCCCCUUCCCUGGGAAGUUGCAUAUGCAUAAAAGGCUUCUCAGUAAUGAGUACUAAUAUGCUUCUAUCCCAUAUUAAACAUUAAUCAUUUGGUACUAUUAUUUAUUCACACUACAUCAAUAAUGUAAAUCAAUACAGUAAAUCAAUAAUGACACUAAGAUGAUAAUAAGAACUGCAUACCCAGCAGUAAACCACUUUUACAGUGCAGACAUUUGAAAUCCCGCAGAGCGCAUUGGCAUUUCUCUGCUAAUGUUUUCAGCCGGUUGGAUAAUAAAAACUAGGCUCUCUCUCAUUCCGUGGUGGAUUUAAAAUGUAACCCUAACCGUGACACCAGACUCCAUGAGCAUAAGUGCAGCCCUCUAGCUCGCUUCUCAGUUGGCUCUGUUAAAGUUAUGCAAAUACUUAUUUUUUUACGUUUUAUUUUUAUGAAUAACACUUGUUCUUUUUGUGAAAAGUACAGGCCAGUGAUCACAUCUUGAAUUACUGGGAAUGACUUCAUACCUGAGUUGAGCAGAAGUAAGGAAACCAGUUCGAAUCAGGUUAGCCAUUGUUAGCAAUACCAGUUUUAGCAUUACACGGUACUUUGCUCAUACAAACACCGAAGCAACAUGUCCACAGACAGUGGUUGAACGUUACCAAGAGUAAGACAAAUUUAAUUGGACACAAACAAGACAGAAUAACAAGCAGUUUGUUCUACAGCUCCAAGAUGGCUGUUUUGCGCAUCAGCAGCUUUCACAGCUAUUGAUGCACAAACAACCUUUACAAAAUAGAAGAGCUGUGCAUUCACUCACAUCAGCUAUGUGGACGAUCAGUAGGAAACAGGUCUGUGGAUAUAGAGCAGUUAUGUAGAUUCAGGUCCAGGGAUUAGCAACAACUAAGCUGCUACAGGGAUCAUAGUAGCUGAGACAGACACAAAGCAAUAAGCAUUCAGCCACAGGAAUAAGGAUUGAAAAGCAAGAGAAGACAUUAACACAAAUUUGGAAGCCUGUGUUUCCAUUGCCAUUUACAGAAAGUAUUGUUUGUUUAGUGGGAAAUGGCUGCUGUCCUGGUUUCCCAAGAUGAGGAACUUAAAAUUCCAACUAUGGUCAGGACUGAUAAGACAAACAUGUCAUCAGAAAAAUAUGCCAACAAUUUGGAAACCUUCCAAAAGCCUUGUGAGAGUCUCUCUGGGGUCCAGCCCUCAGGACGUGAGUUUCAAAAGUUUGCUUUUUUGUUCUCAAGUCUAUAUUUUGUCUUGCCAAAGAAAACCUGGCAGAUUUGAAAGUAUCACUGCUGUGGGGUUACGGGGCCUUUCGAGUCUUCAAAAGUGGGAAGGUCAAGCAACCCUGCUGGAAGCUUAUUACUAUUGUUGUUUUACAUUUUGAUUAAAAUGUGAUUUUACUGUAUGAAGAUAUCACACAACUUUGCAGUAUGUUACCAAAUCAUGCUGUUAGCUUCCAGCUUUGCCCGUUCUUGGUUUGCACCAUUAUGUUAUUUAAAUGUAGACCAAAAAUAAUUCCAACACCUCCUUUAGAGGAUGCACAUAUCAACAUAUUGUGAUAUGUGAUAUUGCUGUUUGUGAAGACUUUACACUUGUGUACAUUUCCCCUGGGAACUUUGUGGUCCGCCUAAGAGGUCAUUAAAUUGAUACAGGUUCAUCAUCAUGAAUGUGAUAAAGAAACCUCACUGCAAUAUUUAAUAUCUGUUGUAUAUUAUAUUAUAUUUCUUGUAUACUAAAUUGAUAUUUUGACCCGAGGCUGGCUCUAAAGGAAACAGAGUUGGUUCAUCCUCAGAGGAGCAUUAAUUGACUUAAACUGAAACCUUAGAAAUGUCAGGAGGCAGCCCUGAGUUCAGUGAAAGACACUGUCAUUUGAUCAGAUGCAUUGUGGGCAAUAUCCUGACCUGGAGUAGGAGAAUUUACUGAAUACUUUUAGAUGGGCAUUUAACAGGUAGUGAGGUAGUGUCUGGUGAAUACCAUUGGUUGCAUUAUGGUAAAUACUUAACGUCUGGAAAACUGGGCCCCUUCCCUGUUUUUGCUUUUUUUUAAUCUGCCUGUUUUGAGUUUCUGGAAUUUUCAUACCAAAUUGCUGGAGUAACCUUUGAGCAAGUGUUUUACCACAUGGACGUGAUCCAUGCCCCCGCUGUUCAGUGGUUUGUGCUUUGUACACUCAACUAUCCAUUGCAACCACAGACCAUUAAAACACGAUAAGGCAUUUAUGAUAUAAAAAUACAUUCAAAAACAAAGCCUCAGUUUGUCAGGGACUUCCAAAACAUAAAAAAAUAGCACUUUGCUGACCUGGUGAUUAGUACAUUGACUAUUGGUAGAAUGGCAGCAGUAGCUGACUCUACAGUGACUUGACACCAUUGCAGAGGUGCCCACGUAAGCAUGGCAGCCAACCCCUAACUGCUGGCAGCGCUGACUGGUAGGCGGCCUCAUGACAUCUCUCCAGUGCUGCACGCCUGCAAGUCCUAUGUGUGUGUGUGUGUCUGUCUGUGUGUGUGUGUUUGUGUGAUACGGUCCUACGUGUGUCAUAUGAAGACCUAACAAUGACGUGUGUAAUAUAUUUUUCCAGUAGAUGAAGUAAUAAACUGUUACAUUUAUCAAUUUGAUAUAUAGAGGACAAACCUGAAUACUCAUCUAAGGUGAGGUAAACCAUCACUGUGUGAUGGUGGCAGACUGCACCAUCAAGGUUACAUGUUUUGCAUACUCAAACACCCGCUCCUUCCUAUCUAAGGCUUUUCGCAGCACCAUGUAAAUUGUGUUACUUCUGUUUCUGCUACUGAGUAAACUGCUGAUUGUUUCCGCUGACAUUCAACGCUGUGACUGUGUCAGAAAAGUGUAGUUGUGGUUGGUUGCAACACACUAUCACUGGUAUCUUCUUCAGCUGUUCCAUGUAUAAUCAGUCAUUUCUGGGUGCUGACACUUACUAUACCAUACAGGGUAUGCUCAGUAACCAUUUUGUUUGCAUUAUGUUGAUUAUUCUCCUUUUUAUUUUUUUGGCAAUAUAUCGAUCAAUUCAUAAUCUUCUCAAAGUUAAUAUUAUGUCUCAUAUCUGUAAAUGAUGGAAAGAGACAAUGUUUACAAAAGUAUUUGUGUAUGUGAAUAUAUAUAUACUGUACAAUUUGAAAAAAACAUUGCAUUAUUAGUUUGGUUGUCAAAUGAUUUUAUAUGGAAAUAAACCAUAAUUAUGUCUCA